AUGGCAGCCAUAGGCACCGACUCUUGGGUCUCUGAGGCAUCCGACAAGUACGGGCGGUACAACAGCAUUCGUGCCAAGCAGACAGCCCCGCUGGUCAGAGAAGUCCCUGGCCUCAAGCCGGGAGUCUCGCUCCAUGCCCACCAGGCGCACGCCAUUGGGUGGAUAGAGCAGAAUGCUGGGCUUGGGGGCUGUGUGCUGGCCGACCCUCCGGGGUUUGGUAAGACGCUCACAGCACUGAGCUUGAUCGCUCGGUCUGGCAAGCUUGCCGUGGUGGUCGCGCCUUUAUCUGUCUGCCACCAGUGGGCCGACGAGGUCAAGAAAAGGUUCAAACAGCCACGUGCUGGCAGAGCUCACGAAGCUAAGCCGGUACAUAAAGCGCGCUAUGGCAUAUCGGAAGGGGGUGGCUGGAGCGCCUCCGAAGCGACCGAAGGUGGCCCUGCUGUCUGGCCUCUUCGCCAAGCAGACGAAACCCUUGGCACAUACCGUUCUGGCUGGAUGAUAGCGCCCGAGACCUCUCAAACAGCGAAUUUCGUCAACAAGAGCACGUCUGCAGCGCCGAUGUCAAUCCCAGGCCUCAAACCGGAGAUCACGCUCCAACCCCACCAAGCACAUGCAGUUGCCUGGUUGCUGAGAGCUCACAGAUUCCACGGCGGUAUCAUUGGUGAUCCGCCGGGAUACGGCGAGACUUUGCCAUAUUGUCGCCGAGUCCACGAGGAUUCGCAAGUCCAUGACAGCGACUAUCAAGUUUCGCGGGGGCAUCGACACAGUGGCUGCUACCAGACCGAAACUGACAGCUCUGUCCUGGCUCUUCACGCAGCCGGGUGCUCGGUCUCUUGGCAAGUGCCUCGUGCUCGACGAAGCACAUUCUGUCAAGAACAUGAAGAGCCGGACUUUGAGGCGGUACAGUUGCUGCGGACUCGCUUCGAGGAGUGCAUCAUGCUCACAGGCACGCCGCUUGACAACACGUGGAAGGAUGCUUGUGCUCUGGUCUGUCUGUUGAGUGGCCACCCAAUCAACGGCCUCGACCGCUACCUCACCACCUUCGCUGGAGGUCUAGCCAAGACUCCCAGAGGCUCACAUUCCCGUACUGCUUGGGGGGCCCUGAUCAAGGCCCAGCAGCUAGCAUACCAUCCCGCGCUUCUCAACGUCAUGGCCAAGAGAAGGGAUAACCAAGGAGGCCGCCAAAACGCCGAAAAUGGGUUUGAUCAUGUUGGUACAGAUGAAGACCGCGAGGAGAUUGCCACUUGGAUCACCGACAUCGAGGAAAGCCGCACGUGGUCGUCCUCGCGCGUCGAUGCUAUCAUUGAUACCUUCCAUCUACACCAGGAGCGCAGAACAGAUGACGCGGUCGCCAUCAUGGGCGAUAGUGUCUGCUUCCUGGAUAUCCUCGAAAUAGCGCUUCGCCAUAGCCCAUUUCCCGUCAAGGUCUUCCGUCUUGACGGACGAGUCGAUCCAGCACUCCGUGCGCUCGUCCUGAAGGAAUUUGAGGACGCAGAAGGAUGCAGGAUCAUGCUCACCAGCCGCGCCGUUCGCGGUGUUGGCUUGAACUUGCAAUUCGCCAACGUGCUCAUCCAGUGCGGUCCUUGGUGGAAAGUGGCCUGGCAAGAGCAGGCGAUUGGCAGGCAUUGA